UCUCCACUCCUUCUCCAGUGGCUCGGGCUCGCCAGGCUGGUGCUGGUGCCAGGUUUGGCAGAACAAGCUCAUUUGUUCAGAAGGAAAAGUGCUGGAGCCUGAGCGUUCGGGGCUCAGGUCUUUUCUUGUCAGGGGGAGACGGGAUCUGCCCGUGAGAAACGACCACACUGACGAUAAAUGCUGCCUAUGAAAUUUUAAUGCUUAAUAGAGCCUCGCUGGAUGAGGUAUGCAUUGUAAUGAUACCACCCAUCAUGGGGGAGUUAAUUGAAUCAAUGAGGUGAACAGCAGAGCCGUCCAGCAUAUGCCGAGGGUUUGAUCAGCCCAGUCAUUACCGCAGGACCUCGUCACUCAGCACGGCGUGAUUACAGCGCUGCGCUGGCCAGGGGAUUUGGUGGGAAGUGGCCAAUGAGGGGCCAAGCUGGCUCCAAAUCCAGCUUUUUGCAAAGCCCCAGAUAAAACAGACUUCCAUUAAUAAGGCGAGAAAGGUUAGGACAAGAAGCAUUACAGCAAAUCUGGAGAGGUCAAAAAAUCCACUCCUCCUGUCAGCUCCUCUUAUUCCUGGAGGGAAACUCCUAGAAAAAUCUAAGAAAAAUCCAAUUGUUCUUCCAUGAAAUGGAUGUAGUACAGCUAUCCAUGAAGGAGGUUGGAGACGGGCUGCACGAGCAGAUGAACUGCAUGAUGGGUGCACUGCAGGAGCUGAAACUCCUCCAGGUCCAGACAGCUUUGGAGCAGUUGGACAUCUCGGGGAGCCGGAGCACCGUUUCUGGCACUGAGCAGCACCAGUGCUGCCGAAGCAGCAGCGAUGUGCCGAGGGCCCGGCAGGACGAGGGGCUGCGGGGGGAGGCAUCGGUGGAGGAGCACGGCCCCACGUCCCUCACUUGUGCCGUGCCGCGGCCGGUGGGUUUGUCCCAUCCCGUUGCGCUCCCGGCGGGCGGCCACCUUAAAGACACCCCCUCCUCCUUCAGAAACCUCCGUGAUGAGGAUGUUUGUCACCCAAAAGGACCUUCCUCCGCGUCGAUCAGAGCAGAGCUCGUCCGCCCAAGGACAUUCAAGCCCAGUAGCCAGGGCACAGCUGGGGGCUGGCCAGCAUGCCAGGAGUGCCCAGGGUGCGACGAUGGCCAUGACUGGACAUCCUCCCUAAUGUCCCAGAGCAGGAAUCGGCAGCCACUGGUGUUGGGGGAUAACAUCUUUGCAGACUUGGUUGGGAACUGGUUGGAUCUGCCGGAGCUGGAUAAGAAGGGGGAAAAGAACGAGGCGUCGCUGUCCAUGAGCAGAUCCCAGGAGCUCUGCAGGAAGUUCUCCCUCACGGCCAACAUCUUCAAGAAGUUCCUGAGGAGCGUUCGGCCAGACCGAGACAGGCUUCUCAAGGAGAAACCUUGCUGGCUUCCGCCUGAAGACAAACAGCCCAAAAUUUCUAAGAGACCCAAAAAGAUGAACAAACUCAAGGGAACAUUUUACUUCCCACUUCAUGGGAACAUCCAGAACCAUCACAGCAAAGCGGAGAGGUGCCCAAAGGCAGAAAGCAAUAGCGAGAAACCCAAAAUUGGCACCAAGAAAGUCCACGAUACCAUAGACUACACCCAGUCUGGGUUUGACAUCAAUACAGCUGUUUGGGUCUGAGGUCAUCGGCGUUCUCUGCUCUGCCGAGCAUUUGUUCCACACCGGGGAGGACCUGGAGGCCGUACACUUCUUUUCAGGAGACCGCUGAGCUCUCAACAUGGACCGAGAUGAGAGAGGAGUCCUCUGCAAAACAUGCUGUGGGCUUCCGUCACCUGCAAGUGGCAUUUUCCAGAGAACUACAGCUUCAGGGGCAGUCCGAGCAGCAGCUGACACAGCCCCAUGUGGGGAGACUUUUGGGGACUGAUAUUUGCAAAAAUAAUCAGAAUCUUUAGCAGCUUUAGGGUGAGUGGUGACAUGGAUGACCAGCUCCUGGAGCCCAGCUUAAGAUAGCCACUUCAGGCCCAUUCCAUCAUCUCUAGUUAAAAUAGCUGCAGCACAAAAUUCACUGUGUGCAUGUGUGUGUAUGAGUGUGCAAAUAUAUAUAUAGUUUUUUUAAAAAAAAAAAAAUCUAUUCCUGCUUGUGUGCACUUAAAACUGGGUUAUAAACCAGGCAAUUCAAGCAUUGUACCUGAAGCACUUGUUAUUUAAAUUGAAAGAAAUAAGUUUGAAUUUAUAAGACUUAAACAAUUGCUAAGUGGGGGCAUUGAACCCCAGCUUUGUUGUAGUUUGGCUGUGGGGUUUUCCCCGUAAACUGCAUCUCCACCGUGCUCCCAGCGUCUCUCCUUCCCCUGCCAGUUAAACCAGUAGGACACAAGGCUCUUUUCAUGGAAAUUUGUGACCCUCAAGCUCUCAGCAGGUUUUCCUUCUCUCCCCAUGCCCUUCUCCCCACAGGUCACACCAGAUGCAGCGUUGCAAAAGUUUAUUGUUGAGGUUGCACCAAGUUACAAAGUUGCAACAGACGUUUAUUUUUGUUGUUUCCUAUUGCUGUUGUGUACAAACCACGUCUUGACAGAACCAAGUUCUUCAGUGUCCAGCUCUCCAAGAGUUACCAAUAAAGUGACAUCAGUCUCCA